AUGACGCGCAUUUGUUGUACAUUUUGUGAUAUGUGCUUCGGAAAACCAUCUCGACUUGAGGCACAUCUGAGAAUCCACACUGGAGAGCGUCCAUAUGUGUGUAUUUGUGGUAAAACAUAUACACGGAAACAACAUUUAACUCGUCACGCUUCAAAAUGUCCCAAAACUAUUCCAGAAAACAACUUAUCUAAUCAAAAGGAGCCAGCAAGAGUCGAAAAAACCUAUUCGUGUUCACAAUGUUCUGCUGGACCUUUUCAAAAAAAGAAAAUGGUAUCGGCUCAUAUGGCUACAGUUCAUGGCGAACGGAAGCAUGUAUGUGACAAAUGCGAUCGAGCGUUUCCUACGGCAUCUAAGCUUAGACGUCAUUCAUCAAAACAUCAUGGUUACACAUGUAAGCUGUGCUUUGAACAACUAUCUGAAAACCCUGAAAACGAUGAAUCAGUUGCUCUCAAACCCAUUCAUUUUGAAAGUUUUGCGUGUUUGAGACGCCAUAUUGCUGAAGCUCACCCAAAAACACCUUUGCAAUGUCCUUCUUGUAAUAUGCGUUUUACAAGACCUGCUGCACUAGCAGAACACAAAUCUACACAUACCCCUGGUGGACCGUCUGUAAGACGACGUUUUAUUUGUCCUUUAUGUUCACCUGAUGUUACGGGUGAUAAAGAUGAUUCCAACUCACAAGAAAAAGAUUGUCUUGUUGCAUUUACAGCCAAAAGAAAUUUGGAUGCUCAUAUGCGUUUAGUACAUGCUAACCUUAAGUUUCCAUGUACAUGGCAUGGAUGUCCUGUUCUUUUGUCUACCAAACAAAAACUGAAUGAACAUAUGGAACGUCAUCGACUAGGCAAGUCAGUUGCUUUCAAAAGCCGAAAUAGACGUAAUUCACGUAAUGAUUCAAGUAGAAGAUUUAAUGAUAAUAAAAACUUAUCAAUGAAUAAUAAUGAAGAUUAUUGGGAAACAGCUAGUCAAAAUAGCAUUAUAGCACUGUUAAGUGAUGUAAUUGAUUGUUCAGCUAAUCAAAUUUAUUAAUUUUUAUGAAGUUAGUUUCAUUAUUGUAUAUAAUACUAUUUCGAACUGAAUAGAACAAGAAGAAAGGAAAACAGAUAUGUAAUUAGAAAUUUACAGAGUAUUUAUAUAUUUUAUUUAUAUUUACAUAUGUUUUCAAAUUAACGAAGUGUAUCAAAUGAUACAGAAAAUAAUAAUAAACAUUUAUAUUAUACUACUUAUUACAAUCAAUUUGUUACUUUAUAGUAAUUAGCUUAUUAGUUAAAAGAAAAUCUGAUUGUCAUAUGCUCACUAGUGAUUAACUUCGUGAGGGAAUUCUUGGAGUUGUAGUAAGAGGCCAUGACCAGUGGAACUAAUGAGUGUAGAGACAGGUAUCUACUUCAGUACAAUGAGAAAUGGUCGUGAAUUGGUAGAGGUUAAACAUUAACACCGUCGGGUGUCGGCUCAGUGGUCUGGUGGUUGGUCGUUAGCGUGGGAGACUGAAGACCUUGGGUCUGAAUCCCAUGAAGAGGAUCGCGGGUGCGCACUGCUGAGGAGUCCAAAUAUAGGACGAAGCGGUCGUCCAGUGCUUCCAGGUUUUCAAUGAUGGUCUAACAUCAAUCGGUUCAUGAUCUCAAUCAAUAAUUGUCAAAAGAUGGCCUAUACAAAUUCGAUGUAAAACUAAACAGAUCUUUGUGUGUUAAAUGUGUAUUCAAAACUUUUUUUCAUUUAUUUAUUUGAACACAUAAACUGUUAAGUUUGUUUUACAUUGUUCCUGCCCAUUCCUUUUCUACUCUUUUGUAUGUUGGUUUAUACUACUUAUUUAUAUUCAGUAAGCAGUUGUAUGCCCAAUAAUUUUCACAAUUAUGUUGUAACUCUCGUUGUACUGUAACAUUCUGGAAUGUUCACAUAUAUCUUUAACGUUUAUUUUACUUAUCAUUGUAUUUAUCAUUAUAAUCACUGUAAUUUAAUUACUGUAACGGUUAUCCACAGUUUUGUCCAUUUGUUUAAACGCAACAGUUUCCAUAUUGUUUGCUCUUGGUUCGGUUUUCGGUUGUUCAUAAACUGUUAUCAAAUUUAGACACAGCUAUCAGCUGUCUUUGGACUAUCGUAUAUUAUAAUCAUUCUUUAUGUUACUCUUACAGGAAGCCUUUGCUAGUUUCAUUCUUGAACGACGCGUUUUAACGCCUAGACACCUCACAAGUUGAGGUUUGUAACUAAAUUUUGUGUAUUAUUUAAUAAAGAACCGCUUUUGUAGACAAAUCGUUGUUUUGGAACUUCGAUUUUGCGCGUAUCUCAAUCGGUGUUACUUGGACGCUUCGAUAGAAUUAACAUAAACAUUAGUACAAGGGUGCACCAAUUGCAUAUGCGUCACAUUAUAACAUUGAGGUUGUAGAGAAAUGGAGAAUGGAGGGUGAGUAACUAUGAAUAUAAAUUAGGGUGUUAGAG